CCGUCUACUUCUGGACAAGAAUCACACCCACACAAAAGACUCAUAGUCUGUUGUGACGGAACUUGGAACUCCGGUGACCUUGAAGGCAAAGCUCUAACCAAUGUGGCAAAGAUUGCUCGAUGUAUCAGCGAUAAGGAUGACUGGAAGCCGAAGGGCCAAGAUGGAAUAACUCGAGAGAGUAGAAAGACUUAUAUACAGAUUGUCCACUACCAACCGGGAGUUGGCUUGGGUACGGGAAAAGUUUCAAAUACUUGGGAUGCCAUGACAGGUAGAGGUCUUUCCAAAGCUAUUCGCUCAGCCUACACCUUCAUUUGUCUAAACUGGUCUUCACAGGACGAUCAGAUAGUUCUUAUCGGCUUUUCAAGGGGAGCCUUUACCGUAAGAUGCGUUGCUCAACUCAUAGAAGAAGUCGGCUUCGCGAUUGGAUUUCCUAUGGCUGCCCACCUCCCGCAACUGCCUCGGCGGAAAUAUUGCACAGUGGACGAUGUAGUACCCAGAAAGAUCAAGUUCGCCGUUCAAGCCCUUGCACUGGACGAAAGAAGGAGACAUUUUAAACCCAUGGUCUGGUCUCCUCUAGAAGAUGGAGCGAGCCAAACUUUGAAGCAGCGGUGGUUUACGGGAAAUCAUAGCGAUAUUGGUGGUGGAAACAAGGAUAUGACUCUUGCAAACAUCACUCUGGCGUGGAUGAUUGGCCAGCUC